UAAAACUGAAAAAAAAGCUCUGAUUUCAAAUCUUUCUAAUUUCUCAAUCUUCCUUCUUCUUUCUCUCUCUACAACGUUCCUUUUAAUCCCUCCCCGCGCCUCCCCGCGAGCAGCAAACACACAGAAAGAGAGAGAGACACAUUGAGUUUGUGAAUGGAAACUAUCAGAAAGCAAGCUACCAGGCUCCGCGAAACUGUUGCUAAGCAACAGCAGGCUGUUUUAAAGCAAUUUGGUGGAGGAUAUAACUCGGAUAAUUUGAUUACAGACGAAGGGGAGCUUAAUCAACAUCAGAAACUUGAGAAGCUUUACAUAUCAACACGGGCCGCUAAGCAUUUUCAAAGAGAUAUUGUGCGUGGAGUUGAAGGUUAUAUUGUUACCGGGUCAAAGCAAGUUGAAAUCGGAACAAAGUUGUCUGAAGAUAGCAGGAAGUAUGGUGGAGAAAAUACAUGCACUAGUGGUAGCACGUUGUCCAAAGCAGCUGCCAGUUUUUCCCGAGCUCGUGCACACAUGGAGAAGGAGCGUGGAAAUUUAUUGAAAGCUCUGGGUACACAGGUAGCAGAGCCCUUAAGAGCAAUGGUUAUGGGAGCUCCCUUGGAGGAUGCUCGACAUCUUGCUCAACGCUAUGACAGAAUGCGACAAGAAGCUGAAGCUCAGGCAAUUGAAGUUUCCAAACGCCAGGCAAAAGUUAGAGAAGCAUCAGGAAAUCCAGAUAUUGUUAUGAAAUUAGAAGUUGCUGAGUCAAAGCUUCACGACCUGAAAUCUAACAUGGGGAUAUUGGGUAAGGAAGCUGCAUCUGCAAUGGCUGCUGUCGAAGCUCAACAACAGAGAUUGACUCUUCAACGACUCAUAGCCAUGGUGGAAGCAGAGCGUGCCUAUCAUCAAAGAGCAUUACAGAUACUUGAGCAGCUUGAAGGCGAGAUGAUUUCAGAGCGACAACGUAUCGAAGCUGGCCCCAGCCCAAGUAUUGAGAACAAUGUAUCACCACCCCCAGCAUAUGAAGAUGUUAAUGGUGGAUUUGCGUCUCAGACGCAGAAUGGUACAACUGACAGCAUGGGUUACUUCCUAGGAGAGGUCACGUGCCCAUAUCAAGCGGAAUCUGACAUCGAAUUGAAUUUGUCAGUUGGGGAAUAUGUUGUUGUUCGAAAGGUAUCCAACAAUGGCUGGGCUGAAGGUGAAUGCAAAGGCAAAGGUGGUUGGUUCCCUUACGGAUACAUUGAAAGACGAGAACGUGUUCUAGCAAGCAAGAUUGCAGAAGUUUUCUGAAGUCUAUAUGUGGGUGACUGAAACCAAGAAAGGUUUUGUUUGUAAUGUAUUUCGACUCUACAGCAAAGCCUAAAUUCAUUGUUGAUUAAAAUAUAUAUGGAACAAUUGCCUUAGGUUUAAUUUAGCUAUCAUUUUUGUCUUUCUAUUCUGGUUCUCUUUUAUUUUUUUCCCCCUUUCUUUUUGGGCUAUCUUAUAUAUUGUAUGUCAUAUAUCCUCUACAUUUGUACUGAUGGGGAAUGAAUGGAAAAACGUCAUGCAAGUGUGACUGAUACUUCAAAUUUUUUCAUACGCUA